UCCCACUCGCACGCCGACCCAAGCACCCGUCAAACGAAAAGGCUGUCAAGCCACGGCUCCCUCCUGACACAUGUCGCGCGUGUCCUCCCUCACUCUCCUCAUCCUCCUACUGAUUGCAAUUGCAAUCCCACCCGCAACCUCGGCUACGCCGCCGGCUUCGAACACCUCCGGCGACAUCCUACUAUCCUUCCUCGCCGCCCUGUCGCCGGCCUCCCAGCGCCUCCUCCUCCCGUCGUGGAAUACCAGCGCCAGCGAUGGCCGCGGCGGCAACUCGACCGCAGGACCGCAUUGCGCGUUUCUUGGAGUUACCUGCUCCUCCGCCGGUGACGUGGCCGCGCUCAACCUCUCCAGUGUGGGGCUAUCAGGGGAGCUCGCGGCGUCCGCGCCGCAUCUCUGCUCGCUCCCGGAGCUUGCCGCGCUCGACCUGAGCGGGAACAACUUCACGGGGUCUGUUCCCCCCGCGCUCGCGGCGUGCUCCGCCCUGUCCGCGCUUCACCUCGGCUGCAACGGACUCUCAGGCGCCCUUCCACCGGAGCUUCUCUCCUCGCGCCAGCUUCAACACAUCGACCUCAGCUCCAACGCGCUCGCUGGAGAGAUCCCAGCGCCCUCGGCUGGUGGCUUGUCGCCUCUGCAGUACCUCGACCUCAGCAACAACUCCUUCUCCGGCGCCAUCCCUCCCGAGCUCGCCGCGCUGCCGGAGCUCUCUCUCUUGGACUUGAGCACGAACAAACUCACCGGGCCAAUUCCGGACUUCCCGGCGCAUUGCGUGCUCAAAUUCCUCAACUUCGACAGCAACCAGAUUGCCGGCGAGCUUCCGCGCAGCCUCGGCAACUGCGGCAACCUGACUAAAUUGUAUCUAUCCAACAACAAGAUUUCGGGUUCCCUUCCCGACUUUUUUGCCUCCAUGCCAGGCCUGCAAAAGUUGUUCCUCAGCAACAAUUCCUUCACAGGCGAGUUGCCGGCCAGCAUUGGUGAGCUUGUCGAUUUGGAGAGGCUGAUGGUGUCAACAAAUGAGUUCGCCGGACCAGUCCCUGAGUCAAUUUGGAAGUGCAAGUCUCUGACAAUGCUAUGGAUGCAUUCCAACAGGUUCACCGGCUCAAUUCCGGCAGCCAUAGGCAAUCUCGUCAGCUUACAGUGGUUCACUUUAAAGGACAAUUUCAUCACUGGCACAAUCCCACCGGAGAUAGGAGAAUGCCAGGAAUUGACCCAUCUUGAGCUCCACAACAAUAGCCUUUCCGGGAUUAUACAACCAGAGAUCACCAAGCUUACAAAGUUACAAGUGCUAUCCCUGUUUGGCAACAGGCUCCACGGGCAGGUGCCGGCGGCAUUGUGGCGAAUGCCUUACAUGGAGGAGCUGGCGCUCUCCUACAACAACCUGACUGGAGAGGUUCCUGCAGAGAUUACUCUUAUGAGGAACCUGAGGGAGCUCAUCUUGGCAUCUAACAACUUCACUGGUGAGAUCCCACAAGCCCUGGGGUUGAACACAACGCAAGGACUUGUGCGGGUUGAUCUCACUGGUAACCGCUUCCAUGGUGCAAUCCCGCCUGGUCUUUGCACUGGAGGCCAGCUCGCUGUUCUUGAUCUUGGGCACAACCAACUCACUGGGGCUAUUCCCAGUGAGAUUUUGAAGUGCCAGUCUCUCUGGAGGGUCCGCCUGGGGAACAAUUUAUUCGGCGGGAGCUUAUUACAUUCAGAUUUCGGGACAAACACAGGGUGGUCAUUUGUGGAAUUGAGUGGCAAUCUUUUUGAGGGAAGGAUACCAAGUGUUUUUGGUUCAUGGCGCAACCUCACAGUGCUUGAUCUAUCUAGCAACAAAUUCUCUGGCCCAAUACCACGUGAGCUCGGUGCUCUAAGCAUUCUUGGGAAUCUGAACUUGUCAUCGAACAUGCUGUCUGGACCAAUACCGCAUGAGUUGGGAAAUUGUAAGAGGCUUGUCCGUUUGGAUCUUCAAAAUAACCUUCUCAAUGGGAGUAUACCUUCAGAGAUCAUAGCACUUGAUAGUCUGCAAAAUCUUCUGCUUUCUGGAAAUAAGCUCAGUGGAAAAAUCCCAGACUCCUUCACCGCAGCGCAGGGCCUUCUUGAGUUGCAGCUUGGUGGCAAUUAUUUGGAAGGACCCAUCCCUGACAGCUUAGGUAAACUUCAGUCCAUCUCCAAAAUUGUAAACAUUAGCAGCAACAGGUUGAGCAACGAAAUCCCAAGUAGCCUCGGCAACCUUCAGAUGCUGGAAAUGCUUGACCUGUCGAAGAACUGUUUGUCUGGUCCAAUUCCAUCACAGCUAGGCAGUAUGGCUGCACUUACUUUUGUGAACGUGUCGUUCAAUGAUCUAUCUGGUCAGCUCCCUGAUGGCUGGGUUAAGUUUGCAGAACGAUCACUUGAAGGGUUUCUGGGGAAUCCUCAAUUGUGCGUACAGUCUGAGAAGGCACCCUGCUCCAAGAUUCAAUCUGGGAAACGUACAAGGAAGAAUAUACGAAUUAUUGUAGCAUUGCUAGUGUCAGCUCUUGCAGUCAUGGCUUCUGGGCUGUGUGCUAUUCACUACAUGGUGAAGAGAUCGCGGCGCCUAUUGGCGAACUGUGUCUCAGUGCGCGGCCUCGACACAACGGAGGAGUUACCUGAAGACUUGACCUAUGAUGACAUCCUUCGUGCCACUGAUAACUGGAGCGAGAAGUAUGUGAUUGGAAGAGGCCGGCAUGGCACGGUCUACCGGACAGAGUUUUCUCCUGGAAGGCAAUGGGCAGUCAAGACAGUUGAUCUGUCCCAAUUCAAAUUCCCUGUUGAGAUGAAGAUUCUUAACAUGGUAAAGCACCGAAACAUCGUCAAGAUGGAGGGGUACUGCAUCCGUGGCAACUUUGGCAUCAUUCUCUCGGAAUACAUGCCUCAGGGAACGCUUUUUGAGCUAUUGCAUGGAAGGAAACCUCAAGUGGCCCUCGACUGGAAUGUCCGACAUCAGAUCGCCCUUGGUGCAGCGCAGGGGUUAUCCUAUCUGCACCAUGAUUGUGAGCCGAUGAUUGUUCAUAGGGAUGUCAAAUCAAGCAACAUACUGAUGGAUGCCGAUUUGGUGCCUAAGAUCACAGAUUUUGGCAUGGGGAAGAUUGUAGAUGAUGAGGAUGCAGAUGCAACAGUGUCCGUUGUUGUUGGCACCCUCGGCUACAUUGCUCCAGAGCAUGGAUACAACACAAGAUUGACCGAGAAGAGCGAUGUCUACAGUUAUGGUGUCGUGCUACUCGAACUCCUGUGCAGGAAGAUGCCUGUGGAUCCUGCAUUUGGCGACGGUGUGGACAUUGUGUCAUGGAUGACUCUGAAGCUGAAGUCUGCAGAUCACUGCAGCGUGAUGAACUGUCUGGAUGAGGAGAUCAUGUACUGGCCCGGAGAUGAGCAGGCAAAGGCACUGGACUUAUUAGAUCUGGCGAUGUCCUGCACACAAGUAGCUUUCCAGUCCAGGCCAUCCAUGAGGGAGGUGGUAAGCACCCUGAUGAGAAUAGAAGAUGAAUAUAACAAAUGAAGAGAUGUUCUCAAUAUAGUUCUGUGAGAUGGGUUGUCUUUAAAUAAUGAGUACAACUAUAGAAGUAAAAUGGAUAACACAGUUGUACAGUUUGUUUUAAGUGUGCUCUGAUUAUUUCUUCAAGACUGAGCGAGACAUUGACAAACUGGUCCCAGAAACUGCAAUGAACAGGCUUGCAGAACAAAUUAUUUUUAUUGUCA